AUGAGCGGCGGCGCGUCUCCCCCCGCCACUCCGGCGGCGACGAGUCCUCGCCUGUCGAGGUUCCGCCGGGCCGGCAGCGCAGUCGCGGCCGCCGCUCCGGGAGGCUUCCUCCACCUCUCCCUCCUCGCGUCCCUCCGCCGCCGGCCCUCCCUCCAGGCGCACGCGCAGCUCCUCCUCCUCGGUCUCCCGCUCCCGGCGCACGCCGCCUCGCGCCUCCUCCGCCCGCACCUCCGCUCGGGGCACCACCUCGCCUCGCUCCGCCUCUUCCUCCGAAUCCUGCGCGACCGUGGGCCGUCGCCGAAAGCCUCCCGGGAGACGGAGACGGAGGCCGUCCCCAACUCCCACUCCCUCUCCGCCGCCCUCGCGGCCUGCGCCCACCACGCGUCCCCCUCCCCCGGUCUCUCGGCCCACGCCUUCCUCGUCAAGUCCGGCUACGCCUCCGACCUCUUCGCCGCCAACUCCCUGCUCCAGUUCUACGCGUCCUUCGGUUUACCCUAUCUGGCGCGCAGGCUGUUCGAUGAAAUGCCGGUGAGGGACACCAUAUCGUUCAACACUCUGAUCAGGUCAUAUGUGAGUGCAUGCUGUGUUGAUGAUGCUUUCGGAGUAUUCAAGGUUAUGGUGGGCAGAGGAUUGCGGCCCGAUGGGUGGACCAUCACGGCGCUAUCGGGCGCAUGUGUGGGACUGAAGGAUUUGAGGGUAGCAAAAGCAUUGCACGGGGUUGCCAUGAGAGCGCUUCGGGCUAAAGCGUUUCAGUCACAACCGGUGGCGAUCGUGCUAGUGGACAUGUAUGCAAAGUGCAGGGGGCUGGCGCUUGCCAGGAAGGUGUUUGAUUUGGCAGGGGAGAAGGCAAGGGACGUGAGGUUAUGGACCAUGAUGGUGUCAGGGUAUGCAAGGUCUAGGGAGCUCGAGAUGGCUAGAACGUUAUUCAAUGAGAUGCCAGAGAAGGAUUUGGUCGCGUGGACGGCUCUUAUUGGUGGAUUCGUGCAGUUUGGCAGGUCUAAGGAGGCAUUGAUGUUAUUUGAGGAGAUGGAGAAGGCAGGAUUUGAGGCAGAUGAAGUCACGGUGGUUAAAGUGCUUUCAGCUUGUGUUCAGUGUCGUACGUUCGAUGUGGCAAAGAGGCUUCAUCAUCGUGUGAGGCAUAAUGCGCUGAUUAGCACAAAUGCAGGACUUGCUGCUGCCUUAGUUGACAUGUAUGCAAAGCAAGGGCUCAUACAGACAGCUAUGGAAGUGUUUUCUGGUGUGGAUGACAAAUUUAAGACCGUGGAGUUGUUCAAUGCUAUGAUAGGCGGACUAGCUCAUCACAAUUCUGGUGAGAAAGCUGUUAUGCUUUUUGAUGAAAUGAGAUCGCUUGGGCUCCACCCUGAUAAGAUCACGUUCACGGCAGUUUUGUGUGCAUGCAGCCGCGGUGGCUUAGUGACACAAGGGUUUGAGAUAUUUAAUUCGAUGGUGGGCAAGUAUGGUGUAGAACAAGAUAUUAAGCAUUAUGCUUGCAUGGCUGAUCUUCUUGCAAGAGAUGGACGGCUUGACGAUGCUUGCCGUUUUAUCCAGAACAUGCCUUUCAAAGCAAAUAGUGUGGUCUGGGCUUCUCUUAGGAGAGAAUGUGAGAUCCGUGGAAAUAUGAGGAUUGGAAAACUUGCAGAGGAGGAACUUCUUCGGUUUGAUCCUAGCUACAAACCUGAAACCGAAAGCCUCGUCUUGUCUGACAUAUUUUCAGAUGGAAGGAAACAGAAAAGGGCUGCAAUGGUGAGAAAGGUUAUACGCCUCAAACCUAAGCACAAGCGUACAAAGUAG